UGGACGUUCGGGGCUACUGCAAACCAGGCUCUGCCCGAUUUUGGAGGAGGAGGAACUCAGAGGGCAGUUCCAGACGGCCGGGAAAUAGCGGGACUGGGCUGGAGACGCCUGUGCUGCUCCUCCCGCUCCUCCAUCCCGCACAUCCCAGCGCCCAGAGCCCGGAGCCGCCCUCCAGCCGGGGAUGCGGGAGCCUUCGUGACACCGGCCACUCCACAGAGUCCUUUGUCCUUACGUUCUGGAGGGAUUUGCGGGAGACGUUUUGAUGACCCCAGUUUCCAGGCAUCUCAAUAUCCUGAGUGGCCACUGAGAUGUUCCGACAAGCCUUGUUUCCCACUCUCCUUUGUGUGUUUCCCACUCUCCUAGUUCCUCUCCAUGCUGCUCAGCUUGAUGUGGAUGUUGGAGAUGUCAGUCCUACCUCCUGUACAGAAAAGAGGAACUGCCCCAUCAAUGUCUACUUCAUCAUCGACACCUCAGAGAGCGUGGCUCUCCAGACUGUGCCCAUCCAGAGCCUCGUGGACCAAAUAAAGCGGUUCAUCCCCAUGUUCAUCGAUAAACUGGAGAGCGAGCUCUACCAGAACCAAGUCUACAUCACCUGGCAGUUUGGUGGGCUCCAUUACUCAGAUGUAGUAGAAAUUUACAGCCCUUUGACAAGCAGCAAAGACAUUUACCUGCCCAGACUGUCCGCCAUCAAGUACCUGGGCCGGGGCACCUUCACAGACUGCGCGAUCUCCAACAUGACCCAGCAGAUCCAGACCCAGAUGGCCAACGGCGUGAACUUUGCGGUGGUCAUCACCGACGGCCACGUGACGGGCAGCCCCUGUGGGGGGAUGAAGAUGCAGGCUGAGAGGGCGCGAGACAUGGGCAUCAAGCUGUUCGCAGUGGCCCCCAGCGAGAAGGUGUACGAGCAGGGCCUGCGGGAGAUAGCCAACCUGCCACAUGAGCUGUACCGCAACAACUACGCCAUCACCCAGCGGGACACCCUGGAGAUCGACGUCAACACCAUCGACAGGAUCAUCCAGGCCAUGAAACAUGAAGCCUACGGCGAGUGCUACAAGAUGAGCUGCCUGGAGAUUGCAGGUCCACCUGGUCCCAAGGGAUACCGAGGGCAGAAGGGUGCAAAGGGAAACAUGGGUGAGCCAGGUUCCCCUGGGCUGAAGGGACGACAGGGCGACCCAGGUAUUGAAGGUCCGAUCGGAUACCCUGGUCCCAAGGGUGUCCCAGGGCUGAAAGGAGAGAAGGGAGAAAUUGGAUCUGACGGACGGAGGGGUGCCCCCGGCUUGGCAGGAAGGAACGGCACAGAUGGACAGAAGGGCAGGCUGGGGAGAAUUGGACCACCAGGAUGCAAGGGUGACCCUGGUGACAAGGGCCCUGAUGGCUACCCAGGAGAUGCAGGAGACCAAGGAGAAAGAGGAGAUGCAGGCAUAAAGGGGGAUCCUGGCCGGCCUGGUCGCAGUGGACCCCUGGGGCCCCCAGGAGAAAAAGGAAACCCGGGGCUUCCAGGCAACCCUGGAGCUCAAGGGCCUGCUGGAACCAAGGGAAGGAAAGGUGAAGUGGGACCUCCUGGACCCAAAGGAGAAGCUGGGCGACGUGGAGAUCCAGGGACGAAAGGCAGCAAAGGCUCUCCUGGAGGCAUAGGAGAAAGGGGAGAUCCUGGUUCAGAGGGUACUCGUGGUCUGCCUGGUGAGGUUGGAAACAAAGGAGCUCGGGGAGAACAAGGACUGCCAGGACCCCGAGGCCCCUCAGGUGCUGUGGGAGAGCCAGGCAGGAUAGGAUCACGAGGGGACCCUGGUGACUUGGGCCCAAGAGGUGAUGCUGGACCACCAGGACCAAAGGGUGACAGAGGCAGGCCUGGCUUUAGCUACCCUGGACCCAGAGGACCUCAGGGUGACAAGGGUGAGAAGGGGCAGCCAGGACCCAAGGGAGGACGAGGUGAGCUUGGACCAAAAGGAGUACAAGGGACCAAAGGAGAGAAGGGGGAGCCGGGUGAUCCUGGCCCAGGAGGAGAGCCUGGACAGCGUGGUCCACCUGGUGAAGCAGGCCCUGAGGGGACCCCUGGCCCACCAGGAGACCCCGGUCUGACUGACUGCGAUGUGAUGACCUACGUGCGAGAGACGUGUGGAUGCUGUGACUGUGAGAAGCGCUGCGGUGCCCUGGACAUCAUGUUUGUCAUAGACAGCUCCGAGAGUAUCGGCUACACCAACUUCACCCUGGAGAAGAAUUUUGUCGUCAAUGUAGUCAGCAGGCUGGGCUCUAUUGCCAAGGACCCCAAGUCACAGACAGGUGCCCGUGUUGGGGUGGUGCAGUACAGUCACGAGGGGACUUUUGAAGCCAUCAAGCUUGAUGACGAGCGCAUCGAUUCCCUGUCGAGCUUCAAGGAAGCAGUGAAGCGCCUGGAGUGGAUCGCUGGAGGCACCUGGACACCAUCUGCCCUUCAGUUUGCCUACAACAAGCUCAUCAAGGAAAGCAGGAGAAAGAAUGCCCAAGUGUUUGCUGUGGUGAUCACAGACGGGCGCUACGACCCCCGGGACGACGACAAGAACCUUGGGGCUCUUUGUGGUAGAGAUGUGGUGGUCAACACCAUCGGCAUAGGAGACAUGUUUGACCAGCCAGAGCAGAGCGAGACCCUGGUCUCCAUUGCCUGCAAUGAACCCCAGCGAGUCCAGAAGAUGAGGCUCUUCUCAGACCUGGUGGCAGAGGAGUUCAUUGACAAGAUGGAGGACGUGCUCUGCCCAGAUCCACAGGUCGUCUGCCCCGAGCUGCCCUGUCAGACAGAUGACAGGAACCCUGGGAGCGUAAACCCAGUUAUUUUCCGCCCCAUGGAAGAGGGAGUCAACAUAGAUUUCCCCAGCACCAUACACUCGAUCGCCCAGUUCCUAAACUCCACGCGGGAAUCCCGGGACCCCAGCAUGUACACCCAGCUGGUGGCCACUUUGGCCUUUACUGCCGAAAAAGCCAAGUUUGCCACUGGAAAUGAGCGGCAAGAGUGGAUGGACUUGUUCAUUGACACCUUCAAAAUGGUGCACAGCGAGAUUGUGGGAGACCCAGAGACUGUGCUAGGGCUGUGCUGAGACCUCUCUUGGGGGUCAUGUGGAGGCAGAGGCUGAGUGGAGGUGGAACUCAUCGCUUCUCUGUGGCAGAGGGGACAGCACAGGGGAGAUGCUUUUAGUUCAGGAGAGACAGAGGCAGUAGAAUAGCUUGGUUGCAUUCAGCUGGGCACAGGACACAAGGAGCAGUCCCCUCCAGCUUGGCCAGCAUGAUGGCUUUCCCCAGAAAUGCCAAGGCAUGCUCUUGCUCUGCCUGCUGCUUUUUUGCCAAGAGACUAAUGAUGCAUUUUCCCCACGCCUUCCUACAUAUGUCCUUGCUGAUCCCCCUCCAAAGCAUCUUCUGCAUCCUCACUCUCAGUUACCACAGGGUCUCUCUGAGUCCUGCAAGGCUGACUAAGCAAGGUGCAUCUCUGCUCACCCCAGUGUCUCUGUAGAACCCCUCAGGGGCAGCUGGGGGUGUGGAGGGAAGGAGCAAGCAGGAUGGGAGAGGGAGCAGCCCUCCCUUUCCAUUGGGAGCGCUGACAGCUGGGCAGUGUGUCCCUCAGAAGCUGUGUGGGCUGCCCAGGCUCUUUUCUCUGCUUGUACAUUUGUGUUUUCUCUGUCAUAAUCCACAACAUGUACCUGUCCAUGUACAAAAGGCAGAUAUUCUGUCACGUAGGGCCAGGUGGUCCAAAGCAAAACUCCUUGACUGAUGUGAGUUGUUUAAAAGCAAGCUCGAUGUAGUAGACCCUAUUCAAUCUACACCCAGUGCUGCUUUGGCUCAGAGCCAUCACCUGCUCUGCAGGUAUGUGUGUUUAGAUGAGGCUUGGUAUCUCCAUCCGUUCAGCUGCCCCUGGUUGCACAAAGUCAGGCAAGCAAGUGCCAUUCCCACCUCCAGUUUAACUGCUCUCAAGUCUAUUUAGGGGUACUGGGAUUUUAUUAGGGGUACUGGUGCGCAGACACCGGAGUAGAAGCACUUACUCUGACUGACAUGGUAUUAUUGCAAUAAAGUAUACUGAGUAAACGUCAUAUUUAAUGGGCAGAAGGGAGGUGUGCCUUCUUCAGGAAUGUGGCUGUAAUAUUUCCAGCUGUAAAAAGUGGAGACAGUUGCCAAGCUCAGCCAUGGGAUUUGCCUGCUUUGGACUUAUUGCAGUAUUCCCCCACGGUUUCAGCACUUUUUCUUCCCAGGGACAAGUUGCUCAGAGAACCCUGCUGCUAUCAGUGUAGAAUAGAGGGAAAAGAGUUCUGAGGGCUUUCUGUGAUGUGAUCGGUGUUUUAGGUGAAAGCAAAAAGAUCAGCCUGUGCCUGACUCUGGUCAUAAUUCACAUAUUCCAGAUAGUCUGUGCAAAGCCAAACUCCCUAUUCUGUUUUGAUUUUUUACCCCAAAACUAGUGUGACUUAUCCUGCUGGGAUGCAGGACUGAACUCAGAGUAGUUAAGCUGCUCCAUCCAUGAUGCCAGAGGGAAAGCUCCCAAACUCCACUGAUUUGAAAAGAUCUCAGGGCUGGGACAUUUUGCUGAACAAAGAGAAUUGGGGAAGAUUUCAGCAAAGGAGUUGUUGAUUUUAUUUAGUUUCAUCACACAGUAGCCAGUUAUUCCUUACAAGCUAUUGGAAACAAAGUUUUUUACCUCUCAAAAACCUUCAGCUCUUUAGAGGUGUGGAGAAGGAGAAAAUGUCUCUGCAUGAGGAGUGCUGUGCUUGUCCUUGUUAGAGGCAAAUGAGUGGAGUGGUUUUUUUGCAUAAUCCUAGCUAAUCCCUCUGAUAAAAUCAGAUGGACUUCAUCACAGUAGCAGUUCCUUCAGUGGAGCUCUUGGGCAAAGGAAGGACAGAUAAGGAGCUGGGUAAAGGAUGGUCCAUGCCUCCCCAAAGACACAGGAGGGGCUGGGAAAGGGAGAAACUCCAAAAAGGUCUUGGAGGUCAGUCUCCCCCUCACUUUGAUCUCCACUGUCAACACUGAAAAAGAAUAGAGGAAAUACAAGUUCCUCAGGUUUUAGACGAAGCAGGAAGGUGAUGUGAAUGGGUGGUGUUCCUCUGCACAUGCCAAUGGCAGAAAAAUCAAUUAUAUUUCUGCUUAUUUGUGCUGCCUUUGUUAGACAUCCUCAGCUGUGAGCUACAGGCAUUCAUGAUCCACAUGAGAAGGACCAAGCACCAGUUAAAUGCAUGACAGGAAGAUUUUGGCUGGCCUAAUUCACGGUGGUGCCUUUGAGAGCUUCUCUUGCAGUUAGGGUGAGAAUCUUGCUGCAGGAAAGGGUGCUUGGGUCCUCAGUCUCUCAGAAAUGGGAACAAGCUGCGACCAGAGCCUGACACUGAACAGGACAAACCCAAGGCUUUGCUGCCUCACAUUGCCUUGGGAUAACUCAUAUGUAAAGAUACCUUAUCAAACAGCUGGAAGGCAGCCCUCUCCAGCUGUGAGGGCUGAGCAGUGAGUGGAACGUGACUCGUGUCAGAUGUACACUGUGCUCUCACUGAAGCUCCAUGGAGUGAUGCUGCCCUCUGCUUAGCCAGGAGCUCUUCAGGCUUGCUUGUCAUCUCAAAAAACAUGUGGGCAGGCCUUGGGGGAGGCUGUUAACACUGCCCCAACAAUGCACAGCCCCUGCUCCCAGCUGCUUUCACAGACCCUCGUGUAGGUGUUGUGCUGUGUGGUUGUAAGGGGGAUUCCUUCCUGCCUUUCCCCCUCCACGGCUGCUCAGAGCAGGUGAGGACCAGGAGUGCAGGUGCUGCCAAGGGGAGGUGUCCUUGUGGCAGCAGUGCCUGCAUACCAGGAACUGCAUCAUCAACAUGCCUUUACACUACAUUUUUCAUGGAAGAGUGGGCAGAGGUGAGUACGUGCCUUUAUUGCUUUAAAAGAGGCAGGGUAACAAGUGAGAGGACAAAAGGAAAUGGCCUCAGGUUGCACCAAGGGAGAUUUAGAUUGGGUAUUAGGGGAAAUUUCUUCACUGAAAGGGCAGUCAGGCACUGAAACAGGCUGCCCAGGGGAACAGUGGAGUCAUCAUCCAUGAAAGUGUGGUGCUUAGGGAUAUGGUUUAGAGGUUAACACAGGAGUGCUGAGUUAAUGGUCAGACUUGAGGAUCUCAGAGGGCUUUUCUAACUGUACAGAAUCUGUGAUUCCUUGAUUCUGUGCUGAACCCAGGCAUAGCACUGUUCAGCACUAGGGAAGCUUUUUGUCAGGCUGGAUUCGCUCAUAGUGUGGAAAUUUAAUCUAACAUUACACUCCUACCCUCAAAAUUACCCCCUGUUGCCACAAAUGGAUGCUCAAGGUGGGGCUGCUCCAGAAGCUCCUAAUCCUUGCCAGUCAUGCAACACAUCAUGGCAGCAUCUUUGGGACUUCACCCUUUUGAGAUUCAGUCUCAGAGCCAUAGAACUGCUUGAGAGUGCUAUGGGCAUUGCCCUGCUGCCAGCUCAGGGGCAAUUGCACUGAAUGCAACACACAUAACUACAGAAAAGGAAGUAACGGUCCCUGACUAUAAUCUGACUCCAAAAAUGGCUACUUUCUUCUCCUUUUUGUUUUUUCCUGAGUUUAUUCACUGCAUAUAUUCAUAUAUUCUAUAUGGUUGGAUUGAGCUUGGAGCCACCUGGUCUAGUGGAAGGUGUCCCUGCCCUUGGCAGGUGGUUGGAAUGAGAUGAGCAUUAAGGUUCCCUCCAACACAAAACAUUCUGAGAUUCUCUGAUUUUUGAUAUAUUUUAUGUUAAGAAUAACUCUGACAGUACACCACUCUCCCAAAGUAACUGAGAGGUUUCCAGGUGCUGCUUGCCAUUAAUCUCUGGAUAUUCCUCUCACAAAUAAGAGCUGGAAAUUGAUGUAGGGCAGUGGGUGUAAUUCUGGGACUUAAAUUCACAGACCUGUCUAGCUUCAUGAGGGUCUGCCAUCAGUCUCAGAAUUAACAUUCAUUAAGUGCCCAGUAGCUGAGGGCAUCAAAAGCAAAGCUCCUACAUUUCGAGCUGUAAAGACGGGCUUUGGCAGCAGCGUUGGGCUGGUUCUUCUUUGGACAACGAUGCAGAGAGGCAACUCCAACCCAAAUUGUCCCAUAGUCUUCUCAUCCUCCCAGCUCCUGUCUUCUCC